GCCCUAUAUAUAUAUUUUUUUAUUAAGAAGCUGCAGAAAUGUGCUAAACUAUUCUCUAGUAAUGCGGUUUUAGGGUGGCCCUAAUGCUAACACAAAACCAGCGAGUGGCAAACGUUUGUCACUUAUUGUAUGAAAACGACACGUUAUGCUUCCUCUUUUGUCUAUUCAUUUCCACUCACAUAUACUAGUAUUUCAUAGAACUAGUGAUGGCCCCUAUCCGAUCACGUGAUCGGAAAACGGUCACCAUUAUCCCGUCAAUUUCAAAGGAUCGGAAUAGGGACAUCUCUCUGAUGGAGGCCAAAGUGCUCGCUGAAACAUGUCAGCUGAGCCCAGAGCAACCGAUCAGUGCUGGCACCCCUGCAUAAAAUCCUACCCCACCCUAUCCAUCCGCCUCCUCCUCUUCCUCAAGGAGAGCAGAUUAGCUUUGGCAGUGUUGUCGGAUGCAGCAGGAAGCGGAUGCGGCGGGACGAGAGGAGGCAGACGGGAUGGAGGAGGAAGAGGAGGAGGAAGAGGAGGCUUUCAAGGAGAGUGAAGGUGGAGAGGCAGUUCUCUUCCCUCGGAGGAUGACAACACAUUCUUAGUCCUAGUGGAGAAACAACAAGACUGAAAGACCUGCCUGUCCACAGUAUUGUCCCCAUGUUGUCCACGGCGCAGCAGAUGCUGCAGGACAGCCGCUCCAAGAUGAAGCUCCUCCGCCUGCAAAUCAUCAAAGCAGCGCAGGCCCGAAGCGACCGAGAAGCAGACAUCACAACGCACCAAGGGAUGACUGAGGCGGACUCCCGACUGGCAGAGUUGCGUCACUACACGCAGCGCGAACACGAUGCCCUACGGCUGGCUGAGGACACGCUGGCUCAAACAGACGCUGUCUCCUCGCCGAACCCCGAGGCUCACUCGGUGGGGGAGACACUGCGCGAGCAUUCGUGCCAGCGUUUGCGUCUCCUGCGGGUGUCCUUAGAGGCGUGUCUAAGGGAUAGUGGAAGGGCCACGCCCGAGCGGACCGGCGCCCAUUCGGAUGCAGUACUCUGCUCGGCAGCCAUCUUGUCCAACAGACCAACCUCACUGACAGGAAAGCUGCAGGUGCGAUUGCUCGGAUGCGAAGAUUUGUUUUCUCCCGCUGACAACACAACUUCUGAGAUGAGCGCAACCUUGAGGCUGGAUGGAAGGGAGGUGGGCAGAACGCGCUGGGCGGCGGUGGGCAAGCUGACCUGGGAUCAAACCUUUAGCCUCGCGCUGGAGUGGAGUCGUGAGUUAGAGGUUGAUGUGUUUUGGAGGGACAGCGGCAACAUGUGCGCGCUAGGGUUCCUGCGUCUCGACUGGCUCCUGGCCCGGCAGAACCAGAACCAGAACCAACAAGGCCAAGACAAGCGUGGUGUCUGCUCACACGUGUGGCGACUGGAACCCAGAGGCCUCCUCCACAUUCAGUUUGACUUUACGAACACGGUGGUGGAGCGACAAAACAAACUACGACGCCAGCAAUGCAUCUUCACCAAAGAGAGAGGUAAGAACUUCCUGCGUGCAGCUCAGCUGAAUGUGAACUUUUCCACAUGGGCUCACAUGAUGCUGAGCGUUCUUCCUGGUUACGCCUCCUUUGCUGCUGACUCCACCUCUAUCCCCUCCCCUGAGGCCUGCACAUCACCACUGUCAAGUGAGGAACUGGUGGCCAGCGGAAGUCCUCCCAACCACCAGGAGGUAACGCAGGACGAUUGUGACAUGUCGGAUGUUGAUGACACCUCAGAAACAAGUCAACAGCAGAUGUCGUCCUCCCGCAGGAGAAAUGAAUGUGAAGACCACUCAGCCUCUCCUCGCAAGUUGCACAUGUCAGACCUGCACUACAUUUCUGUGCUUGGUAGAGGUCACUUUGGCAAGGUGCUGCUGGCUGAAAUGAAGCCCACAGGCUGCCUUUACGCAGUCAAGGCCUUGAAGAAAACUGAGGUGGUAUCGCGUGACGAGGUGGACAGCCUGAUGAGCGAGAAGAGGAUCCUGGAGCUGAUCAGGAUGCAGCGCCAUCCUUUCCUGGUCCAGCUGCACGCUUGUUUUCAGACCAGGGAACACGUCUGCUUCCUGCUAGACUUUCUACCUGGAGGAGAUCUCAUGAUUCACAUACACAACAGAGCCUUCACUCCACAGCAGACCAGGUUCUACUCAGCCUGCGUUCUGCUGGCAUUGGAGUUUCUGCACGUCAACAAGAUCAUCUAUCGAGACCUCAAGCUGGACAACCUGUUGAUGGAUGCCGACGGCUUUGUCAAAAUGACUGACUUUGGACUAUGUAAAGAAGGGAUCGGUCACGGAGAUCGCACCUCCACCUUCUGCGGAACGCCUGAGUUCCUGGCGCCGGAGGUUCUGACGGACGACGACUACACACGGGCUGUCGACUGGUGGGGGAUGGGUGUUCUCAUUUAUGAGAUGCUAGUGGGUGAGUCACCAUUUCUGGGUGAGGACGAGGAAGAAGUUUUUGACAGCAUCGUUAAUGACGACGUUACGUACCCGCCGUCCCUUCCUCCAGACGCCGUGACAAUAAUCCAGAAGCUGCUGAAGAAGAAUCCAUUGAAGAGGCUUGGCGGCGGGGAGAGAGACGCUAACGAGUUGAAAGGGGAGAUAUUCUUUGAGGAGGUGGACUGGGAUGCCCUCUUGUCUAAGCAAGUGUCGCCGCCCUUCCUGCCAUCCCUAAAGACGUCGACGGACGUCAGCAACUUUGACAGCGACUUCACACGCCUUCAACCCAUCCUGUCUCCGCCUACCACGCCAGGCGGACUCUCGGCCCAGCAGCAGGAGGCCUUCGCCGACUUCGAUUUCUGCGCCCUGCACAGCUGACCACUCAAUUGUCGGCGACCAAUUGAUCCGCAAACCACUUCCAGAUCUGCUUUACUGUGAUUAGCUCCGCCCACUGCCGUGACCACAAAGGUGGUCACAUGACUUAUGCAUGGCGCCUGAUGUAGUGUUAUUCUAAAAUAAUAAUAAAGCCAUAGACUGGUCAUUCCAUCCAUUUUAUCCCGCUUCUCCGAGGUCUGGUCACAAGGCAGCACUACAUCCAGCUCUUCCGGGAAGAUCCCAAGCCAUGCCCAGGCCAGCCGGGGGACAGUGUCACUAGCAUGUCCUGUGUCGGCCCCACGGCCUCCCAGUGGGACAUGGCCAGAACACCUCACCAGAUGCCCAAGCUACCUCAUCUGGCUCCUCGAUCUGGAGGAGCAGUGGCUCUACUCCUAGCCCUAACUAGAUGACCGAGGUUCCCACCCAUCUCUAAGGGAUAGCCCGAACACCCUGCGGAGAAAGCUUAUUUUGGCUUCUUGAGCUUGUUCUUUCAGUCACGACCCAUAGCUUCUGACCAUAGAUGAUUGUAGGAAUGUAGACCAACCGGUAAAUAGAGAGCUUUGCCUUUUGACUCAGCUCCUUCUUUACCACGACAGACUGAUGCAGUCCGCAUCACUGCAGACGGCGCACCGGUCCGCCUGGCGAUACCCCCAAGAUACAUAAAUUAGUCCAUUUGGGGAAGGACCUCAUCCAUGACCCAGACAGGACCAUGGUCUGAGAUUUGGAAGUGCUGAUUCUCAUCCAGAAACUUCGCACACAGUUGCUAACCGAUUGUGUGAGAGUAGAAGAUUGUUGCCUGAUAAAGUUGGCAGAGCUACAUCAUCUGCAAAAAGCGGAUAUGCAAUACUACAGCCACCAAAAUCGAAACCCCACCUCCACCUCAGUUGCGCCUAUACAUUCUUAUCAUAAAAGCUGUGAACAGAUUUGGUCUUAAAGGGCAGCCUUGGCGGAGUCCAACUCUCACUGGAAACUGAUCCGACCAAACUAUGACAUCUGUUCUAUCAGGGGUUCUGGAAGGUCAUACACCCGGAGCACCCCCCCCACCCCCCCACCCACCCACCCAACAGGACUCCCCAAGGAAUGGGGUGGAACGCCUUUUCCAAGUCCACAAAACACACGGAAACUGGUUGGGCUAACUCCCAUUAUUCCCCAAGAACCCUGCUCAUAGUAUAGAGCUCAUCCACUGUUCCGCGGACAAGAUGAAAACCACACUGUUCCUUCUGAAUGAGAGGUCAGACUUCCCAAUGGACCCAUUUCCCCAGUACAUCUGAAUAGACAUUCCCAGGAGGCUGAGGAGUGUGAUUUCCCCUACAGAUGGAACACACCCCUCAGGUGAACUGAGAUGGAAUGACCGAGAGAAGCUAAUAUAGAGCCAUACAUGUACAGUAGUUCAGGGCUGCAAACUAAAAAAGUAGUUUAUUCAUCACAGUUCACACCAGACAUGUUUAAAUAUGUCAAUGUCAAGACAUUAUUCAUGAUUGUGUCAGCACACCAAACAAAGAGGAAAAACUCGACAGGACUGUUUUUAAAUGAUUAUAAUGCUAUGUGUAAGAAUGGAUGAAUGUGCACAAACAUCCUCAAAAAAUAGCUACCACUUACUCCCUCUCGUCUGUGUAUCCACUCUUGUUCGCAUACUUCCUGUCUGGUUUGUAUGUCCUAUAUAGUUUAUUUGCAUUGUGGUGGGUUUAGCUGGAUGUUGAUUUGCAAAAUGUGUUGAUCUACUUUCAACUCUGGUUCAGUCAUAGUGAUUGGUUGAUUAGCUUCCUGAUUACGCCCUGCACAGCUGAUCACUCAAACAUAAGCAGCCUACUUCCAGUUGUAUUUGAUUUGGUUUUGUUUUUUCGAAAGAAACUUCUCUCACUUUAUUCUGACAGUUGCAUCUCUGCGCUGUUUGUUCGUUCUUCUAUAUGCCGUCUCGUCUGUUUGUAUCAUGGCUAGUUCUGGCUCCUACUUGAGGAAUGGACCUACUGUAACUCUUAAGUUGGCAGCCGCAUGUACAGAACCACAAAGAGUUAUGCCUUCCCCAGACGCCACGAUUUUUGUUUUGUUUUGCCCGACAAUCGCAGUGUAGUAUUACACGACAUUGUGUCAUGAUGUCGCAGGGUCUUGGAACGGACGAGUUGUCACACUACAAGAGCAGAGCUUACCUGAUUGCGUAUUGCCGCCAAGAGCAUGGGGACGGGACAAGCUGUUGUGAAUCAGUAAUGGACACGGAAGCACUUUGUAUCAUUUAGUGACGGUCGACUGGUGGGCGUGAGGUGUCCGAGACGGUCGGAGGGUAUGCCUACUUAAUAUCAGGCACGAAAGUCGCCAAUUCUCCAACAAGUGUCUGUAAUGCUAAAAUCGGGCUGUGAUCAUGUAGUUUGAGUCAGGCAUUAGCGAUAGCUUCCUUUCCAAUUCAUCAACUUGCUUUCUGGUUGCUCUACUUACAGUUUAAGUGUAUCAUGAUGAGCUGGUAAAUGAACCUCGAGGAUUCUGACUCCAUCAAACCUACUUGCUUUGUAGAUCUACUUCUGUCUGGUUCAUUUACCUUCUGUUUGGUCCAUUGAAAUGCUGUCUGAUCUGAGUGAUCUUCGGUCUUUGGGUAGUGCUGGAUUUACAAAUCUGGCAAAGGCUAAAAGGAGGAAACAAUUCUUAUUCAGUCCUGCUUGCAUAAUUGCUUCCUUCCUAUUUCCCGUCUGGUUCCUUUCCUUUUUGUCCAUUUACUUCCUAUAAUCCUUUAUCUGAUUGAUCAGCUGCCAUCCUUAAUGGGUUUAAAACGCAGGUCAGAGUAACAAGGAAAAUGUCUGUGAAAAACCUUUAGUCUCAGAUCUGAACUUGAUGCCGCUCAGACGGGAUUUUGCGGGUUCCUGCGGUAGACCUGCUCCCAGGCCACGGCGCCACACACACAGAAGAAGUCCCAAAGGUUGCAGAGGACACCACGGUCGAAGGGACUGUCUUCGUCGCUGCAUUCCCUGAGGUAUGCAAUGCGGUGGCGGGACAUAAACUCCCAGGUGGUACAGUUGAUGGCCACCAGGUAGAUGUGGCAGCCCAGCAGGACGGACACCACCAUAGAGAACACAGCCACUACGCACAGUGCCGCCAAUAGGAAAGCAUUGAUGCUGAACCAUGACUCCCAUGUGGCGCUGGGAGAUAUGCCUGAACUGAAACAGACACCGAGAUGCAUUACUGGGCUGUCCGCUUUGAAGCACACGUCAGAUUUGUAUGUCACAUCUAGGGCCAAAUAACAUACUUAGGUUAUUUGCAGUUACAUGAGUCAUUCAAGAAUAGGAAGACAUUUUGGUUUCAAAAUUCUUGAAAACCUAGGCUUCACUUCUCUGGUUUUCUGCUACAUAUUCUACAUUUGCUACAUAUACAAACUUUCCUGUGAGAAUAAGGGAAAAAAAAAAAAAAAAAGUCUUAGAUUGAUCAUAUACGUAACAUAUCAUAAUAUGUUGUGCAUCGUGGUUUGUGUUUUGUAUUUGUGCCCGUGUGUUUGCAUUGUGUGUGCGUGUGUCGUACAUAGCGACCCGCAACGCCCAGAGCAGGGUGAGGAGCUGCACCAUCAGGUAAAGCACGAACCAGCGAUGGUUACGCUCGCCAACGCAGUUCUCGAUCCACGGGCAGUGGUGGUCAAAGCGACGCACGCAACGAGAGCAUGUCGGGCAGUGCUUGGCUCUCAUAGGCUGCUGUUCACAACGGACACACAGAAAGAGAACAGUUUUAAAAUGAAAUACUGCUUUCAAAAUGGGAGACAAAGUUAAGAUUCAAUUGAACAAUCGGGAAUUUGGGAGUGAGUAAGGGAAACAAAACACUACAUUAAAAUAAAAUGCGAGUGACCUAACUGAUGAGGUUUGUGAGAUAUGAACAAACACCUGACUAUUCUUUUUUCCUUGUCUUGUGAACCCAAAAUGGAUAGGAGUGCGGUAUGGUGAAGCCCUUUGGCAAGCGACUGAUCAAAAAAACAGGCUUUACAUACAUGUUAGCACGAGCAUGCCAACUUGAGUCAUAUACCAAAUGUCAGUUUACCAUAUUGGAAAGUAAUAUAGGAAAACUAAAAAUACAUCACCCGUCGAGGAGAAAUAGUGCAACUUUGGCAUCUGUCAUCAAUGUUUUCAGACGUCUCCAUUGAUUGAAGGCAUCUCCAACGCAUAUUCUUGUCUUAUCUCUUUCUGUCAUGACUCAUUUGAAAUUCGUAACAAGUUUUUUCCCUCUAGCUGCAGACAACAUCGUUAAUUCAGACUGUUUGUAAAAGUGGAAGCAGCCUUUGUUUAAGUAGCCUACAGAUUACGGAGCUCUAGCAUCUUGAAUGCAGACUCAGGCUAGGUCUACACUAAGAUAGAUAAUGGCCUUAAACAUUUAAUUUAUUAUACUAUACAGCAUGUCGGCAACACUUAUGUACCUCUUGUCUGGAUAUUUUAUUACAAGGGCUAGAGACCCAGGUAAUUUCUUAAAUGCCGGACCCGUGUAAAAAUCAACUUUUGUCUCAUCUGACCAAAGAAAACAUUCUUUCAAAACGUUUUUGGCUUUCUCAGGUAAGUUUUGGCAAACUCCAGCCUGGCCUUUUUAUGUCUCUGUGUCAGAAGUGUUUUUUUUUGGGUAGCCUACCAUAGAGUCCCUUUUGAUUCAGACGCCGACGAAUAGUAAGGGUCGACACUGUUGUACCCUCGGACUGAAGGACAGCUCGAACAUGUUUGGAUGUUAGUCGAGGUUCUUUAUCCACUAUCUGCACAAUCUUUCGUUGAAAUCUCUUGUCAAUAAUUUCUUUUCCGUCCACAUCUAGGGAGGUUAGCCACACUGACAUGGGCUUCACAAUUAUUGAUGACACUGCGCAUGGUAGACACAGGAACCUUCAAGUCUUUGGAGAUGGACUAGUAGCCUUGAGAUUGCCCAAGCUUCCUCACAAUUUUGCUUUUCAAUUUCUCAGACAGUUCUUUGGUCUUCUUUCUUUUCUCCAUGCUCACACAAUUUUGCUUUUCAAUUUCUCAGACAGUUCUUUGGUCUUCUUUCUUUUCUCCAUGCUCAAUGUGGUACACACAAGGACAAAGGUUGAGUCAACUUUAAUCCAUUUUAACUGGCUGCAAGUGUGAUUUAGUUAUUACCACUACCUGUUAUGUGCCACAGGUAAGUAACAGGUGAUGUUAAUUACACAAAUUAGAGAAGCAUCACAUGAUUUUUCAACGGGUGCCAAUACUUUUAUCCGACCCAUUUUUGGAGUUUUGUGUAAAAUGAUAACGAUUUAUUUUAUUUAUUUUUUUUUCCAUUCUCUUUUGUGUUUUUUCAUUGCAAGCAAAAUUCAUGAAGAUAUUACUACCAAAGCAUUUGUAAUUCCAAUCAUUUUCAUUCAAAAAUUGAGCAUUAUCUGACUGAGUUGCAGGGGUGCCAAUACUUUUGGCCAGCAGUGUAUAUAUUGCACGUCCUUUCGAUGCGAGAAUUGCCCAUCCACACAUCACAAUGGCGAUUUUCAAACGAUAUAUUGUUCAGGCCUAAUGACAAUGCUUUUUUUUUUUUUUUUUUUUGAAGUACUGCACUAUAGCAUUAUGAGUAGUGUGUUUCUCUAAAUGACUUGCUCUUUACGUUUAAUCCGGUUGUAUAAAACGUCCUUGAUGUUACGUUAGCAAUUUGUGAUUAUGCCUGAUAGGAUAUCGUCCAUGUGAAAUGUCUCAAUGUUCAUUACCUGCAGAAGGCAGAAGCCGCAACGCCGCAGACGACAUGUGGAUGACUGAGGCACCAUGGACUCGGUUUCCAAAUCUGAAGGCUGAAGGGGGAACACUAUAGAUCACAAAAACUGAAUUCCUAAACUGAUACAUAAACCUCAGUCAUUAAACUGGUCUCAAUACGAGUAUCACUAAGAUUGUAUUACUACUUGGAUCAAUAAAC